CACACGCCAAAGAUGGCGGCGGGCGGCUGAGCGCCCAUGCCUCCCCGCGGCGCAUGCGCUGCCACUGCCGCCCUUCUCGUCCUCCAUCCCAAUGCGCCGCCAUGGUGUUGGGGGCCCGGGGUCAGCGGGCCGCGGCGCUGCUGCACUUCCUCUGCUUGCUGUGGGCGACGUUCGCCCUGACCCAGAACCUCGGCGUGCCCAAGUCGGUCCGCAAGACGCAGGACACCACCUACGGCGGACACUGGAAGCACCUGACCUUCCUCAACCAGGUCCUGCAGACCGUAUUGUAUAUACUGUGUACCAUAAUUGAUACUGUAGCUCUGUGGAUCCCUUCGAAAGAGAGGACUGUGUCAGGCACACUGGUGCCUAGAAGAGAUUUCAUCUUCUCAGCAUUUGUAUUCCCUAUUGGCUUAUUUGUAGCUGUUGCUUUCUGGGGCCUUUAUGCAUAUGACAGAGAACUCGUAUACCCUAAAGAGCUUGAUGAUAUUAAUCCAAGUUGGCUUAAUCACUCUAUGCAUACUACCAUUCUGCCGCUGCUUUUCAUAGAGCUGGUUAUAUGUCCUCACAAGUAUCCCAAUAGGAUUAAAGGAAUUUUUGGUCUUGGCUUCUUUGCAGUUACAUACCUUGCCUGGAUAUUAUGGGUUCACUAUAAAUCUGGGAUUUGGGCGUAUCCAAUUCUAGGAGUACUCAGUCCACUUGGGAUGGUAAUAUUUUUUUUUGUCGCUUUCACUAUCAUGGUAACCUUCUACCUCCUUGGGGAGCAACUAACAAAACAGCUGUGGGCAAGAUGUAAGAAGAAGUGUGCAUAGAGAAGAACCUGGAAAAAGUAUAAGAUCAUUAAAAGUUAAAGCUGACUUAUGGGAGAGAACAUUAAUCAAGAUAAACAUGUUAACCAUACCUGGUUCACAAGUAUUCAGAAAAUGGCAUUUUCCUCAGUAUGAUAUGUGAUAGUAAACAGACAAAAAAACAGAAAGAAGAAAACAGAAGAAAAUCAGAAUAAUUGCACUUCUAUUACGUUUUCUGCUUUUAUAUAUAGAAACUCAGGAUAUACAAUAUGAACAGAUUGUGUGCACAUAGGGUUAUUUUCUCACAUGGCAAUAGAAUACCCUAUUUAUUGGAGUAAGAUACAUCCAAAUAUAAAUAUGAAUAUAAGCAUUUCACAUGUAUUUAUGCACCUAUCACUUUUCUUAAAAGAUUAUUUAAAUUCUUCAGGCAAUACAUGUUUGGGGACAAAGUGCAAUGUCUUUCCUCCUAGCAGCCAUGUGCCACUAGGAGAAAACUGUUUUAUGCGAAAUAUGUUUUCUAAAAUAGUAUGCAGUUCAAGGUAUAAUUGGGAAGAGCUCAUGCUGCUUGAUUCUUUUGUCUCUACACUAGAUUUCAGCACAUAGAAGAGUUUUUCAUUGGCCGUUAUACAAUUGUCAAAUUCUGCCUGGAAGUUCAUCAAAUAUUCUUUUCAUAAGUCAAUGUACAGGUUGUGGAUAACUUAUUCAAAAUGUUUGUGAAUAGAAGUGUUUUGAUUUUGGAUUUAUUUAUUAUUAUUUUGAAGCCUGUAUUUACCUACAUGAACAUAAUGAAAUAUCUUGAAAUGAGAUACAACUCUAAAUACAACAUUUAGGUAUGUUUCAGAUAUGUCUUAUAUCCAUAGCAUGAAGGUAAUUUUAUAUGCAAUAUUUUUUAUAAUGGUUUGCAUGAAACAAAACUUGCAUCAAAAACCUAAGGAGUCACUAUCUCAGGGCCCAUCCAGAUAGUCCCAAAAUGCAAGAUUUUUACUGGAGAUGUCCAAACAACUCCUCCAGUAAAAAUUGAUUAAUUUGGAACAAGCCAAGGUUUCCUGACUUGAUCCAAAUUAAUUAAAUACCUUAUUAGAUCCAGGCCUUCCUGAAAGACUGGGUCUAAUAAAGUAUUGAGCCUGUGGGGACUGACUUCUGGGAUCAUGUUCCAUGACGCUGGGGGGUGGGGGUCUGUUUCAACUGCCAUCUUGCACCUUUUGAGCUCUUGGAGCCCAAUGGUAGCGGGAAGGCGUCCACCCCCAGCUCCCCAUUUCCCACUAAAACUUACUAAAAUGGUCCCUGGUCACCAUAAAUCCUCUAUUUGCGUCUUCCUGAUGCGAGAGGAGUUGGGAGCUAAGAGGGAUUUUCCUCCUUGCCCUUCCUAUCUCCUCAGCUGUCAUUUUCUCAUGCCAGGUGGACAUGAGAAGAGGAUUUAUGGUGGCCAGAAACUUUUUAGUAAGUUUUAGUGGUAGAUGGGUAGCUUCAAGCCAUCCAAUUUCAAAAGCCUGGGGGUUUGGGUGUAUAAGUGGAGACAAGAACCCACACCGAAGCAGAUUACUUAAACCCGCUUCGGCACGGGUUUUAGGGCUAUGCAAAAGCACCCUCUGUCACCCUUGUGGAAAAUGUUGGGAGUAUUUGAAUGUUAGAGUUCCAGGUAAAGGAUGCUCAACUUACUUCACUAUUUCAUUUGGAAUAACAUGGUUAAAAUAAAUAUGGUUCUGUCAGGUGGUGAGUAGGAUAAAGCAAGUGGGUGGGAACAAUGAUGUGCACUGUACUUUUUACAUGUGUUUUGUGAGCUCACAGACAAGACAAUAUACAAAUAACUUGUCUUAACACAGGGAGCACUCCUAAAUGUUCCCAAACAUGCAUCAGUUUAAGUCAGACAAGAAUGUAUUUCUGUUUAUUUCAAUAAAUACAGUUUAUAUUUAUUUUAUCAGGUUGCUUUGAUAUAAUAAUCUAUUACAUAGCAUAUCAUGUUUUUGAUUAAGGUUAUGCAUUGUUUCCCUCAAAACUAACCUAGAACAAAAUUUGAGACUUCAAAUUUCAGCAAAUACUGGAUUCUUCACUGCUGACAUCUUUGGAAUUAAGCUGUUAAUGAACCAGUUCUUUAGGGGGUUUCUCUGUUUUUUCAAUUCACAGUAAUAAAGAGCAUUGUGCAAUAUUUCACUUUAUUUCAAAACA